AUGGAGAUGGAGGAGAAGAUAGAAAUUGUCACCAGGGAGACUCUACUCCGAGCACCAUCAGCUGUGAGUCCCAUUGACUACCAUGCCCUGGAGCCAGUGCCUGAGGGCUGUUGUGGAUGUGGCUCGUGCCCAGGAUGUGGUUCCUGCCCGAGCUGUUGCUGCUGCCCUUGCUGUGGUUGUGACUCCUGCCCUGGCUGCGGUUGCUGCCCCAGCUGUGCCUCCUGCCUCGACUGCUGCUGCCCCAGCUGCUGCUGCCCCCCGAGCUGUGACUGUUGCUGCCAGAUGUGCUGCUGCCUCCCCAGACUGCUGUGCCAGCUGCCCAAAAUGAUUGGCUGCCCAGUGAACCUCAAGAGGUUCCUGAUCGUUCUGGUGAUUGUGGGCCUGGUUGUGCUGGUUGUCGUGGGGGCUCUUCUGAUGGGGCUAUACAUCACCCAGGCGCAUACCGAGACACUUCUGCAAAUGACCAUUGAUGGAUUGGAAGAAAAAGAAUCCCAGAUGACGUUCUCCAUGGAUGAGGAAGAAGUAGCCACUUACUAUGUGGAUGAUGGAAUCCAUGGUCCAGCCACAGUCAUUUAUGAUUUCAGCAAGCUGCUGAUUGGCUACAAACCUGAACAUUGUGAAGCCUGCUACAUUACCCGGAUGGAUAAAGAAAACAUCCAAGGGCUCGACACUCUCCUCAAGGAAUUCCAGACCAAGUUGUCCAUCCUGCAUCUCACAGAGAAUGGGAAGGAGAAGCAGCAAGAAGAAGAAUUCCUCACAUCCCAGGUGGAUCGUUCAAGCCUGGGAACCACCAUUAACAUCCUCUGCAAACACAUUCCCAUCUUCUAUACUUAG